AACAUGGACGAACCAGUGAGAAAGAAACAUCGAGCACGACAAUCAGGAACGAAGGCAGACAAAAAGAAGGCAACCAAGCGAAAGAACGAAGACAAACGCAAUGAUCCAUCUCGAAAUCCGAAAGCCUUCUCGAUCCAAAGCGCGAAAAAAGCGGCUCGAAUGGUUCAGAGAACUGCCGACAUUCAGGCCAAGAAACAGCACGUUCCGUCGGUUGAUAGAACGCCAUUAGAACCCCCACCUAUUCUAGUGGUUGUUGUCGGUCCGCCCAAGGUGGGAAAGAGUACGCUGGUGAGAGGAUUGCUGAAGAACUGGACGAGACAGAAUGUGGGGGAGAUAAGGGGCCCCAUCACUGUUGUGUCGGGAAAGAAACGACGGGUGACGCUUGUGGAGUGUCCGAAUGAUAUGAGUGCGAUGAUCGAUGUGGCAAAGGUGGCGGAUUUGGUUUUGUUGUUGAUUGAUGCCAGUUUUGGAUUUGAGAUGGAAGUGUUUGAAUUUCUCAAUAUUUGUCAAGUUCACGGGUUUCCUCGGAUUAUGGGAGUUCUUACUCACCUGGACACAUUCAAAAGUGUCAAGCGAAUGAGAUCAACUAAGAAGCAAUUGAAACACAGAUUUUGGACUGAAAUUUAUCAAGGAGCAAAGCUGUUUUAUUUAUCCGGUUUGGUUCACGGUUCGUAUCCAAAGUUAGAAAUCCAUAAUUUGGCUCGAUUUAUCUCCAUCAUGAAAUUUCAUUCAUUGCAAUGGCACACAACACACCCAUACUGUGUAGCCGAUAGAAUGGAAGAUUUGACAGAUCAAGAAGUUAUACGACAAAAUCCAAAGACCGACAGGCAUGUCUGUCUCUAUGGUUACGUGAGAGGAACACACAUGAAGCCUCGAUCUCAAGUUCACGUUCCAGGGUGUGGAGACUUCAUGCUGCAUGAUGUCAGUACACUAAGUGAUCCGUGUCCACUUCCAGAGCAGCUGAAGAAACGAUCACUGAACGAGAUGGAGAGACUCAUUUACGCUCCAAUGUCCGGACUUGGUGGAAUAGUAUAUGAUAAGGAUGCUGUGUAUAUUGAUAUGCGACAAGCACAAAGAUGGCAGGUAGAUGAGCAGGAACCAUCGAAUGAAAUGGUGUCACUAUUAAUGGACACAAUGAAUACGGUUGAUGCUAAAAUGGAAGCUAGUCAACUGAGAUUAGUUACAGGUGGUGUUGCUGUAACUACAGUAGACGAUGCUGCCAAUACACAGUUCCAACGUAAACUUUCUCAGCCAUUUCCGCCUUCUAUUAACGGACGUCAGAGAAGGAAAGCAGUUUUUCUUGACAAAGAAAUGGACAAUGAUGUGGAUAAUGACCACAGUGAUGAAGACGAUGAAAGUGAAGAUGAGGCUGUUAAUGAGAGUGAAGAUGAGUUUGUUGACGGUGGGAAAAUGUCGCGGACAAAGCAAACGGCAAGAAAGAAAACACCCGAAGCAACUGUUACAGUCAAGCCAGAAAUGGAGAGUGAGGAGGAGAUUGGAAGUGAAGAAUCAGUGAGUGAUGAAUUGUCUGAAGAAGAUUCUGAGCUGUCUGAGUCUGAUAUUGGAGUAAACGAUCUAGAAGAUUGUGCGAGGUGGAAAACCAAUCUAAUUGAACAAGCUGCAGCCGCAUACAAGAGGCAACAGCAAACGCAUGUCAACAUGCAGAAACUUGUUUAUGGCCAAGUUGACAACACUAAUAACAAUAAAGAAGAGGAAGAAGAAGUUGGAGGAUUGUUUAGACGAGUGAAGUCAAAGAAGGACAGUCUCUUGCAUCAGGAAGACAGCUCAUUAGCCGGACUGACUACCAAACACAGUUGGACAGACGAGCUGAUUGUCGAACUAAAACGUCUAACUUGUGUUACGGGGCAAUGGACAGAGGAAGAAGAUGCAGCUACUCGUCUUGCUCAAGACGAUGGAGAGUUGUAUGGCGAGUUUGAAGAUUUGGAAACGGGAGAGACGUUUGAGGGGAAUGGAAGUGACGACGUGGAAGAGCGAGAGCGACAAGAAGAAGAGAAAAGAAAAGAAAAGAAACAUAAGCUGAAGGCACAGUUUGAUGCAGAGUAUGAUGGAGGAGACGAUGAUGCCAAGUAUUAUGAUGAUUUAAAGCAAGCUGUUAGCGAACAGGCAGAGUUGAAUCGUCAAGCGUUUGAAGAUGUCGGAGAAGAAGCGAGAACUCAGUUGGAAGGAUACAGACCAGGAUCAUAUGUUAGAAUGGAAAUCACCAGAGUGCCAUGUGAAUUCAUCAAUCGGUUCAAUCCAUGUACACCAUUAAUAGUUGGAGGCAUUAUGAGCAGUGAAAGUCGCAUGGGCUACAUACAAGCUCGAGUAAAGAAACAUCGCUGGCACAAGAGAAUACUAAAGAAUUGUGAUUCUCUCAUAGUGUCACUUGGCUGGAGACGAUUUCAAACAGUGCCUUUGUAUUCUGUUCAGGAUCAUAAUGGUCGCAAUCGACUUGUCAAGUACACUCCUGAGCAUAUGCAUUGUGUGGCGACAUUUUAUGGACCAAUCACUCCUCAAGGAACUGGCCUACUUGCAGUGCAAAGGCUUUCUAAUGACACGCCAGACUUUGGCAUUUCGGCUACUGGUGUUGUGCUGAACUUAGACAAGUCGCUCAACAUUGUGAAGAAAUUGAAGCUUGUUGGCUACCCGGCAAAAGUGUUUAAGAACACAGCAUUUAUUAAGGGCAUGUUUACUUCUCCUCUUGAAGUGGCAAAGUUUGAAGGCGCGGCUAUUCGUACUGUGAGCGGGAUAAGAGGGCAGAUUAAGAAAGCACUUCGAAAUCCUGUGGGAGGUUUUAGAGCAACAUUUGAAGAUAAAAUUCGCAUGUCAGAUGUUGUAUUUGUGCGGACGUGGUAUCCUGUUGAUCUUCCUCAUUACUACAAUCCGGUCACCAGUCUUCUUGGUGACAAAUGGGAAGGCAUGCGUACAGUCGGAGAAAUCAGACGAGACACAGGGCAGAAGGUUGAUCACAAUCCUGACUCACAAUAUUCAGCUGUUGUUCGAGUUUCCAAACGAUCUCAACCAUUUCGUGUUCCAGCUUCUCUACAGAAGCAGCUGCCUUUCAAGAGCAAGCCGAAAGACUGGGUAGAGAAGAGCAAGAGGGCAGCAAUACUUCGCAAGAGAGCAGUCAUUAGAGAACCUCAUGAACGAAAAGUUGCAUCAUUGAUUGAUCGUCUUCACACAGUCCACAAAGACCGGGUAGCAAAGCGACGAGCAGUAACAAAGAAACGGACAGAAGAACACAAGAAGAAACAAGCAGUCGUAGAAAAGAAGAGACUUGCUCACACAAGAGACAUAAGAAAACGUUACUACCAAUUACUAGGAAAAGCAGAGAAAAGAAAACGACGCGAACAAAAUGUUAAAUAAUUGAUCACGUGAUCAGUAACUAAGUGGUCACGUGACUAUUGCUAAUGUAGCUGUCGGAAAUAAUUUACUAUUUUUGUGGCAGCUUGGCUUGCUGUAUAAUUGUUUUUUGCUAUACAUAUGCAGCCUGACUUAGUGUGAGUGGUACA